CCACGGGGUCCCCAAACAAAGCACACGUUUUCAUCGCUCAGUGUGCCAGGGAUGAAUUUUGCCCCUGUUGCUCAAGUGUCUCCUACCUAAGGGAGACCCAGAGCCCGUUUGCAAAGGGAAGCUCCCCCAGUAAACAUCUCUCCCUGCCCUUGGCCACGCAGAGCCCCUUUCCCACGGCCGGGCUGGAAGGCACCGAGGCUUGCUGACGUCCCUUACCCCCCCAUGGCCAGUAAAACCGAUGUUUGCGAGGGAAAAAAUAGUACAGAGCCCUGCUCUUCCCGGCAGCACGACCCAGCUGGACGACAACCACGUGGAGCCCUCCCCGUGAUGCCCGGCGCCUGCGGUGGGAAGCGGCCCCUUGGGGUCUCACGGGGAGGAUGCCCAAAAUUACCAGCAGCCACACCGUGACCUGCAGCCCCCACCGGAGACCCCCCUGCCUUUAGGGUGGGCGGCGAGCGCGGCGGAUGCCUUGGAAAGGGGCCGCUGGCUGCCCGCGGGGCCGAUCACGAGCCGGGCUAUCUUUAGCCGAGGGGAUUUAUAUUACAAGCGAGCGGCGGCAGCACGGCAAAGACGCCCAAGGGUGGAGGAGGCCUCCGGGCACGGCGAGGAGGAGCAUCGGGGGCUGUCCCCUGCCCCCCGAGAGCCGGGCGAGGAUGACCCCGGAGGAGGACGGCGCUCGGGCACCGGGCAGUGUGCGUAUCCGUGUGGAGGGGCAGCUGUUCUCGGUGGAGAAGGCCGUGCUGGUGGAGAGCAGCGAGUAUUUCCGUGCCCUGUUCCGCUCGGGCAUGAAGGAGAGCAAGCAGGAGGAGAUCGUGCUGGGGGAGCUGAGCGCCGCCGGCUUCCUCGCCAUGCUGCGGGUGCUGGCGGGCGAGCGGCCGGUGCUGGGGGGCGAGGAGACCUUCCAGGCGGUCGAAUGCGCCGCCUUCCUGCAGGCCAAGCCCUUGGCCAAGUACCUGAUCAACACCAUCAACUCCGACAACUGCAUCCUGCUCUACCAGGCCGCGGCCAUCUUCGGCCUCCUGGACCUCUUCCACCGCGCCGCGCUCUACAUCAGGGACAGCUACGCCGAGCUGGAGGACUACCUGGACUGCCUCUCCGCCGACCUGCUGGCCUACGUGGAAGCCCUCCUGCCCAGCUCCUUCGUGGCCGUGGGAGCCCACACUCCCACCUUCGAGUUCCUGGAGGACCUCUCCAGGACCAUCUGCUACCUGGACGAGGAGGCCAACACGUGGCGGACCCUCUCCUGCCUGCCGCUGAGCGCCAGCACGUUCCUAGCCGGCAUGGCCACCAUGGACAACAAGAUCUACAUCGUGGGGGGCGUCUACGGAGCCAGCAAGCAGGUGGUGGAGAGCAGCUUCUGCUACGACGCCGACACCAACGCCUGGAGCGAGUUCCCCAGCCCGCACCAGCUGCGCUACGACGUGCGGCUGGUGGGCCACGAGGGCUGCCUCUACGCCAUCGGCGGCGAGUACGAGAAGAUCUCGCUGAAAUCCGUGGAGCGCUACGAGGUGUCCUCCAACACCUGGACCUUCGUCUCUGACCUGCCGCAGCCCAGCUCGGCCGCGCCCUGCGCCCAAGCCCUGGGGCAGAUCUUCGUCUGCCUGUGGAAGCCGCUGGACACCACCGUCAUCUACGAGUACGAGAGCCAGCAGGACGCCUGGCUCCCCGUCACCGAGCUGAAGCGGCAGCAGAGCUACGGGCACUGCAUGGUGGCCCACCGCGACAACCUCUACGUCAUGCGCAACGGCCCCUCGGACGACUUCUUGCGCUGCGUCAUUGACUGCUUCAACCUGACCUCGCGGCAGUGGACGGCUCUGCCCGGCCAGUUCCUCAACAGCAAAGGAGCCCUCUUCACCGCCCUCAUCAAGGGCGACACGGUCUACACGGUCAACAAGAUGCUGACGCUCCUCUACUCGGUGGAAGAGGAGACCUGGAGGUUCAAGAAGGAGCGGGCGGGUUUCCCCCGCAGCGGCUCCCUGCAGACCUUCCUCCUGCGCCUGCCGCGGCGCGACCACGACGUCGCCACGUAGGCGGCCCCCAGCCCACCUCGGGAUGCUCCCCUCGCACCUGGCCGCUCCCCUGGGCUCCUCUCCUCCUCUGCGGAGCUGUGCCCGGGUCCACGGAGGCGGCGCGUUGGACCUGGAGGUGACGCUGGCCCUGCCAGAGGGGAAGGGGCUGCGGGAUGUCACAGCAGCCGUGCGCCAAGUCCCACCAAAUGUGAGUGCAGGGCCCUGUGGCCCCUGCAGAGGACGGGCUCUGGAGAGGUGCAGACGUUAGGUUGACCGAUUUUGGCCCCGCUCUGAAGGUGCGCAGCAUCCCUCCUGCUCUCUGCUCCGCUGGGAAAUCAGUCUCCACAUCCUGGAAUUAAAAGGAAAGCUGUAAAAA